UAUCACAAUCAAAUCCAAAAAUCACACAAUUGCAUGAUAAAUACCCCUCUAACUAUACUUUUCUAAAGAUAAAUAGAUUAUAAAAAAUUAUUAAAAAAAAAUUAAAAAAACAAGUACCAGAACAAUGGAAAAUGUCACUUUCUUCUUCCUUCUUUUUACCCUCUCUUUGUCACAUUUCGUGGCUUCAAGCCUUGCAAAAAGGCAAGGUGAUGUUCUUGGCAAAUUCUACAAGGCUAAGCAAAAGAAAGAUUCAGGCAUUGACAAGAAUUAUUUUAAGGCAGCCCUUGAGGAUGUAGAAUUGGACAAAGUUAUUCUUCCACAAGAGGGACUUAAAGAAAAAGAUUGGAUCGAAAAAUUGCCUGGACAACCAACAGUGAAGUUCCAACAAUAUGGUGGCUAUGUUACCGUCAAUGAAUCUGCUGGUCGUGCCUUAUAUUAUUACUUUACUGAAGCUGAGAAUUCCAAGUCAUUGCCUUUGCUUCUUUGGCUUAAUGGAGGUCCUGGUUGUUCUUCUAUUGCAUAUGGGGCCAUGGAGGAACUUGGACCAUUUAGAGUUAACAGUGAUGGAAAAACAUUACACAUGAAUCAUUAUGCCUGGAACCUUGCUGCAAAUGUGUUGUUCUUGGAGUCUCCUGCUGGAGUAGGAUUUUCUUAUACAAAUACAAGCAGUGACCUCAAAACAAGUGGAGAUAGAAGAACUGCUAAUGAUAAUGUAGUAUUCUUACUCAAUUGGCUAGAGAGAUUUCCAGAGUACAAGAACAGAGAUUUUUACAUUUCUGGUGAGAGCUAUGCUGGGCAUUAUGUACCUCAGCUGGCACAUGCAAUUCUUCACCAUAACAAUCUUGCCAACAAGACUCUUAUCAAUCUAAAAGGAAUCAUUAUUGGGAAUGCAGUGAUCAAUGAUUGGACAGAUUACAUAGGAACUUACGAACACUUGGCUUCUCAUGCCCUAAUUUCAGAUGAAACUUACCUUGACAUCCAUAAAUAUUGUUACUCCGAUAAUACCUACAAUAAGCCAAAGUGUUAUAGCGCCCUUGAAGUUGUAGACAACAAUACCUACAAUCUUGAUAUCUACAACAUUUAUUAUCCCCUUUGCCAUGAUGGCAAUCUCACCGAACACCCUAAAAUACCUGCACCAUUGGAGUUUGACCCCUGCUCGGACAAAUACGUACAUGCUUACAUGAAUAGACGGGAUGUUCAAAAUGCACUUCAUGCCAAUGUUACCAAUAUCGAAUAUGAUUGGGAAGCAUGCAGCGAUCCACUCAGUAACAAUUGGACAGACAGCGCGGCGACUGUAAUUCCUCUACUCAAGGAGUCUUUGGCAGAGGGUGUUCGAGUAUGGGUUUUUAGUGGUGAUACAGAUGGAAAAGUGCCUGUAACUUCUACAAAGAGAUCUAUACAUGUAAUGAACCUUACAGUUGACAAACAUUGGCGCUCUUGGUUGUAUGGAGGAGAGGUUGGAGGAUAUGUAGAAACAUAUAAAGGAGGUCUAACAUUUGCAACAGUAAGAGGGGCAGGACAUGAAGUUCCAAGUUACCAACCUGCUAGAGCCCUUUCCCUUAUUUCUCACUUCCUUUCUGGCACACUACCCCCUGGGGAUUUUUAGAGGAGCUAAUCUAGCAAAUCCUUUUGUGUAAUUAAGUUAUUAUUAAUAAAAUCAUCCAUGAUCCAUUGAUC